CCACUCCACACCUCCGCCCGCGUAUCCGUGAGGCUUGAGCUUUCGCUACCUGCAAGUCUCAGGCCUGCAUCUAUCACCUAAACACCGACAUCUCAAGAAGAUACCCCAACAACUGCGACCAUGUUCGGCUUUGUCGCAGACGGUUUGACUGUCGCAACUACAGUCUUCUUUCCUAUCUUCGCGUCCUACAAAGCUCUCCACACCUCAGAUCCAGCCCUCCUCGCACCCUGGCUGAUCUACUUCGUCGUCCUUUCAGCCUGCACCGCCGUGGAAAACACAUUCGACUUCAUCCUUAGCUGGGUGCCCUUCUAUUCAUGGAUUCGCUUCUUCGCACACCUAUACCUGAUCCUGCCUGGUUCGCAGGGCGCAGGCUACCUGUACCAGGAGUACAUGGAACCUUUUCUCUACCACCAUGAGCGCGAAAUCGACGAGUUCAUUACCCAGAGUCAUGAUCGCGCCAAGUCAGCAGGUAUAGCAUACGUCGAGAUGGGUAUUGAGUGGGUAAAGGUCAACGUGUUGGGCUUUGCACCCAGGAAGCCCGACUCACCGAGGCCCGAUGGACAGACGUACGCGCAAAACCUCAUGAGCAGGUUCCAGAUGCCGUCAGCAAGGGGCAGUAAUGAUCUAUACGGGCUGGUCAACCAGGCGCUCAGCGGAGCCAGUGCGCUUUAUGGUGCUGCCGGUACCGCAGGUACAAGAGACGCGCAAGCCUCGGACCUGAGCCGUGGUGCAGGAAACCUCGUCCCCGACUCUAUCCGCAACAACGACGACCGACUAAACUACGUAACGUCACAACGUCAGCGUCUCGAGACCCUUCUACAAGCAUUCGACCGCGAGCAAGAUAACAUCCGCUCACAGCAAACUGGUGGAAACAGAUACCAUGAAGUUAACAGGAGUACCGGAAGCCUUUCUGGUAGCCUGUCUCGCAAUAGGAGCGAAGCCGAAUUCGACAGGAUUGAGCGCGACGAAUUGAGCUCAGGCUCCGACCGACCACCGUACCCCAUCACACCGCCCGCACUAGGCCGAAGGACAAGCAGUGGUUGGAUGCCGUGGAACUGGCAGCGUCAGGAACAGCCUCGGGACGAUCCACUUGCAUACGGCAGGGAGCCGAGCGAUAUCAGGAACAGAUCGAGGGCUUCGGGUUUCGAUCUAGGCGAUCGCUAAAAGAACCCCUGGCGCACAAAAUCUGUGAUACGACCACAGUAUCACGCGGCGUUUGGGUAAGACACUAGAUAGCAUUCUGCUAGGCUUCACGACUAUGAUGAAGCGGUAUAUAUUUGGUAUCACAAUUCUUGAGCAUGAGUUGGGACGGGUUGUCCUGAUGAUCUUACAACCUAUCUAUACAUCCACACU